AUGGACUCCCCAAUGGCGCUCAGUACCAAUGGAAAGUAUAGCAAUGGCAUAGAAGAUACUCCAGGACGAAAUUCUCCUAGUCGUGACCACCAUUCAUCUUCUCGAAGUGCUCACAAAGAUUAUAAGGAUAGGGGCUAUGACCGCGACCGUGAUCGCAAGCGUGGUAGCGAAAGGGAACACACCCGGGACCCUCGAGAAGAUAGACAUGACCGUGACCGUGAAAGGCAUCAUCAUUCCUCCUCUAGGAGGCACAGCGGAAGCGAGGAAAAAUACCGCGAACGUCGUUCCGAGCGGGAGCGCGAACGUGAACGUGACAGAGAAAAGGACCGUCAUCGCGAUCGGGAUAGGAGCGAUAGGGACCGUGACCGAGAGCGAGGAAGGGAUAAGGAUAGGGACAGGGCUGGGGAUUAUGAACAGGAUAGAGAGCGAGAUCGCGACCGUGACCGUGAACAUCGUCGUCGCAAACUGGACGAAGUGGAUGGUUCUCCCUCCCCUCGUCUGGACGACCGCUAUAGCAAACGACUCCGAGAGAGUUCAGUUGACGGCGGGGCUGCACCUCCCUCUAGCGAAGCUGGUCGUGGUGACACGAGGAGCGCAUCAGACAGAGAUUUAUUGGACAGAGUGAGCAAAUCAUCUGCUCGAGACCGCUCGCGGGAGUCAGAUAGGCGAUCAUCGUAUACUGCUAGUAAACCUGGCGAUGACGGUCCUAGGCAUCCUCCUCCUGCAGAUAGACUUCCGGUUGACGAUAGGAGCCCGCCUCCUUAUGACGAUAGAAAACGCCGAGAUGAGAGGUAUGACCGAAGACGAAGUCCUCCUCGCAGGCGCAGAUCCCCCGAGCAUCCUCCUGUAUCCAGCGCAGAUUCCGAAGCCCGGUCUGUUUUCGUAUCUCAGUUGGCUGCCCGCGUGACCGCCCGUGAUCUAGGCUAUUUCUUCGAAGAGAAACUUGGAGAGGGCUCGGUCAUUGAUCCUCGUAUCGUAACAGAUCGUCUUUCUAGACGCUCAAAGGGCAUCGCGUAUGUCGAACUUGGAUCUGUUGAAUUAGUCCAGAAAGCGCUUGAUCUAUCGGGUACUAUUGUAAUGGGUCUGCCAAUCAAGAUUCAGUUGACUGAAUCAGAGAAGAAUAAGGUUCACUCCUCUGAUAUUGUGGGAUCACAGCAAGGAUCCAUGCAGUUGUACGUUGGCUCGCUCCAUUUCAACCUUACCGAGCAAGACAUCAAACAGGUGUUCGAGCCGUUCGGGGAGCUGGAAUUUGUUGAUUUACAUCGUGAUCCGGCAACCGGCAGGAGCAAAGGAUAUGCCUUCGUACAAUUCAAGAGGGCCGAAGAUGCUAAAAUGGCGUUGGAACAGAUGGAAGGCUUUGAAUUGGCCGGUAGACAGCUCCGUGUCAACACCGUUCACGAGAAAAGCUCUACCAAAGGCAUUUCAUAUCAGGAUUCCCUUGAUGAGAACGGGGGUUCCUUGAGCAAUAACACAUCUCGUCACAUGCUGAUGCAGAAAUUGGCUAGGACUGAACACGUCACCUCUCCUGCUCAACCAAUGCGGCCGGUGAUUCCACAGGCACAGACGAGAAAUAUUCUUCUUAAAAACAUGUUCGACCCGGCUGAAGAGUCGGGUCAAGAUUGGGAUAAGGAACUCGCUGAAGAUGUCAAGAGCGAAUGUCAGGUUAAGCAUGGACGCGUUUCUGCGAUCACGGUUGAUAAGGAUUCUCAGGGAGAGAUUUACGUCCAAUUCGAUAGCGUUGAGUCGGCCUCCUCAGCCUGCGCAAGUUUGAAUGGUCGUUGGUUUGGUGGGAAAUUGAUUUCCGCUGCGUAUAUCUCAGAUGCAAUUAUGCAGGCGCACCUCGAUUGA